AUGAUGUAUUUAGUGUUCGCAAUCCUGAGCUAUGUUAAUUCGUAAACAAAGAUAAAUUUACAAGGAGCUUUGCCAUUACAUAUGGAUUGUAGUAAUGUUGAUGAAAUUGAAAAUGGAUUCGUAGGAUUGCAAUACUUCUACGAUUAACUCUCGCAAUAAGGAUAAAUUAAUAAUUUAGAUUAGUUGACCUUCAGCAUUUGGAUAAUGGUUCAUUCGUAGAUGAAAUUAGGUGGAAGAUAAAUAAUUUUUGCCUUUGUUGAUGGUUAUACAAAAAACCCAUAUUUAAACUUAAUGCUUUACUAUUAAAUAGAGUCUGGCGAUUAUUACAUGUAUUUGGUCAAUUCUAAAUUUGAGCCAGAAAUUUUAAAGCUAAAAAUUGAUUAGUAAAAUUUUCCUUUUAUAAAUAGAGUCAAUGAUCUCUACACAAGCUAUUGGAAUCAUAUAUUGCUUUCAAUAGAUUCAAGAACUGAAAAUGCGUUUAUAAAUCUAAAAUUUUUUUCGACUUAUAAUUACUAACUCUCUUAAAAACUAGAAACUUUAGUUACUCAAAAGUUAAUUUAUCGAUUUGGAUCGCAUUCAAGAAUAACAAAUGAAUAACUUUAUGAUAUGACUUCUGAUUAUAUGGCUUGUAUAGAUAUUGCUAAUUUUGAUUUAAUCUAUGGAUGGACAACUAUGGAUUCAGAAAUCUAUGUUGAUUAUGAUGUCUAACUAAAAUUUCUUUUAAAACCUUUUCAAGUUAACUCAAUCAAUGUGGAAAGCUAAUUUUAAGAUAUCAAAUUAAGAGUAAGUCUUAAUCAGGCCUCAUAUAGUGGACCAAUUGGUUUAUAUGUAUAUAGAGACAAGCAGAUAGUCUAUAGCUUUGAGGAGUAGAUGAGUUCGUUCACUCUAAUGUUUUGGGUGUAACCAAGAAAUAUAGCUAAAGUUUUUCAAUUUUUCUCCUUCACAGAUGAUUUAGUGCAAGAGACAAGUAUAGGAUUCGGUGUUAAUUCAAAUUACAAGCUUGUAUAAUAUUAAGCCUAUACAGUACAAAACCAAUUAGGCAGCCUCUCAGCUAAUAUAUGGAAUCAUGUGAUGAUAGCAUUAUUGGAUAUAAGCAUAAAUGAAAAUUUUAUUCCUUAAAACUCGAAGAAAGUAAUGAGAACCUUUAUUGACACUUCCCAGACUUCUUUAAUUAUAGUUCAGAAUAUCAAGGCGUAUAAGCGACUCGUAAUAGGCCCUGUUUUUAAAGAUGCUCGAGGAUAUGAUUUCUUGGAUAUUUAAGACAUUAGAAUAUUUAAAGGUUAUGGAAUUUUAUAAUCAUCUGGUGAUUGCCAAUACUUUGUUGGACCCUAUUGUGCUUUUUGCAGAGGAGGAACUCAUUACUGUAAAGAAUAAGAUCCUAAUGAUGACGUUUUCUACUAUAACUGCCCUGCUGGAUAUAUUGAAUAAUCAAAUACUUGUGUUUCAACAACUAUACCAAAUUGUUUAAGAUAAUAAGGUAAUAAUUGCAAGGCGUGUGAAAGCAAUUAUUGGUUGGAUAAUAGCACUGGAAGAUGCAUUUUGUCAAGCAGUUCACCUAAAUCCCCUUUCUAUUGUUAAGAUUCAUAAGCAAUUUUUUGUCAAAAAACAAUUUUAUAUUCAAUAUCAACAUCUCAAAAAUAGGAAGUAAGUAAACUAUGCUAGGUAAAUGUAGCAUAGUAUAGUUCUUCUUAGCUAACUUGUUAAGGUUGGUCAGUAGAUUCAUGCAAUUAAGCAUAAUAUCAAAGUUAAUGCUAUAAUUGUGGUUAUAAUACUGUUUUAACUGAAAAAAAAGUAUGUAGAUGGCAAUGUACAUCAAAUUAUAGAUUCAACAAUAAUAAAAUUUGUUAGAAAAGUUGUAAGUCUAAAUAUCUUUAUAACUAUUCUUGUACUUAUUCUAGUCCUUAUAAUUAUGUAACUUAUUACUGCAAUCCUAAUUCUUAUUGCUAGUCAAAUGAAAUAGAUUUAGGAUACUAUUGCUUAAAACCUGAGUAACAAAGAGAAGGAAGAACUAGGGGGUGUAUAAUUACUGGCAGAAACCAAAUGAGAGACAGCACUAUUUAUUGCCAUAAUAGUUGUAAAUAUUGUUUUGGGCCAGGUGAUUAAAAUUGCCUAGGUUGUUAUUCUGAUAAAUUUUUUAAUCCCUAUUUAACAGCUUGUGUUACUAAUUGUAGCAACAAAGGUCUUUUCAAAUAUAAUAAUUAGCAAACAAAAGUUUGUGAAUUGGAAUGCCCUACUUAUCUAUACAUAAAAAAUUAUGAUUGCGUGACUGAUUGUGGUUUAGGAUAUGCUUUAUACAAGAACACAUGUUUACCAAAUACAUAUUUAACAGAAAAUUACCUUACUACUUCUGUGGAUUCAUCCUCCCAAAUAAUAGAUGUAAUGCUUGAUUGCCCAUAAUUGUGUUAAACAUGCACUAGUCCUACCAUUUGUACAAGCUGUCUGAACACAUAUCCUAUAGAUUAAGGUAUGUGUGUAUUGUCAUGCUUCCCCAAGUUCUUGUUAAGACAAGAUGAUGGUGUUAGUGUCUGUUUAUCUAAUUGUAAUCCAAGUGAUUUAGUUUAUUAAAACGAUAACUUUAAUGGUUAUACAAUAAAAUAAUGUUUUCCAAAAAAAUGCGGAUCAAUAAAGGUGAACAAGAUCUAUUAAACUUAUUUACAUCAAUCUGAUACUCAUCGAUGUAUGCAACCUUGCGAUGAUGGAUACUAUGGCCAUCCUGCCACAUUUGAAUGUACUCCCUGUGACAGCAAUUGCUUUACUUGUUAAGACUUUGCUAAUUUCUGUACGUCUUGCAAUUUUAUGGAAUUUCUAUUAGAUAAUGUUUGUUUUAAUACAUGUGGUACUAAAUUUUAAAAUUAUAUAAAUUGGAGAUGUGAAGGAACCUGCUCUACAGGAUACUCUAUUAUUAAUAAAGACUUAAGCAUCUAUGCUUGUGUCGAAUAAUGUGGACAAAUUUAUGCUUAAUACCUCUAUUCUUUUUAAGGCUAGUGUCUUGUUACCAUCCCUCUAAUAGGAGCAUAUUGUAUAGGGAGCAAUUGUUAUGAAUGCAACGAAAGUUGUAAAACCUGUUCUGGACCUAGUUAAAAUGAGUGCCUAUCUUGUUAUUCUAAGACUUAUUUAUUGAAUAACACCUGUGGAAUCAAUUGUGGGUCAUAAAUGUAUGACAUGGCUAAUUGGUUAUGCGCUGAUGACUGUCCAUACUCCACUUUUAAAACUAAUAAUGGUAGCACUUAUUACUGUUCAUUAACUUGCCUUUACAAUUAAUAUUAAUAUAAAACUAAAUGUUAUAAUAGUUAACCUUUUGGAACCUUUUGCCAAUCUAGAACAAAUUAUGUUUUUUGUGAUGGUUGUGCUGAUGUCUGUAAAACAUGUACUACAUCCUAUUCUACCUCUUGUUCUUAAUGUAAUCCAGGAGCAUACUUAUAUGGAACAACUUGUUACUCAGAUUGUCCCGAUGUUGCCCCUUACAAAGAUACCAUUUCUAAUAAAUGUGUCACUUCUUGUAGUAACUAUCUUGAAGACGGAUUUUGUGUGAACACUUGCCAACCUACUUCUUACAUAUAUACUCAAUAAAUGAAAUGCUUUAUUAUGGGAUGUCCAGAGGGAACAUAUCAAUAAACAAACACUAAUUAUUGUUACGCUUGCAAUACUGGUUGUUCUACAUGUACAGGUGGAGGAAUCACUCAAUGUCUAAGUUGUAUAUCAAACUAUUUUUACAAUAGUGAUGGAUCAUGCUCUUCAAAUUGCUUAACAAACCCAUAUAUUAUUCAAGAUUGGGUUAACUCCCUUUGCGUAUAAUAAUGUCCCUUUGGUACCUACAUGCAAUCGUUGUCGGGAGGAGCUCUUGCAUGUAAGGAUACUUGUCCACAAUAUUAUUAUUCAAACAUUUGUGUACCUAAUUGUCCAAACGAAACAUAUAUGGAUGGCAAAUUUUGUAUCAGUUGUGCUGGUCCAUGUUCUGUCUGCUAUGGCGCUGCUGUUAGUUAAUGCUCUUAAUGUGAUAUUGGAUUCUAUUUGUAUGAUACUACUUGUGUUGAAACUUGUCCUAAUCUAAAACCCUUUGCAAAUUUAGCUGAUUAAACUUGUGUUACUAAUUGCCCAUAAUAUUUAUAUUCACCUAAAAAUCUUUGCUUUAAUCCUUGUCCUGGGUUUUUAUACUAUUAUGAAUUAAACGGUAAGAAAGAAUGUGUAGAUUAAUGCUAUUCAAAAUCAUACUUAUGGCUUGGGAAAUGCUAUGCAUGCAAUUCCAUUUGCAAAGAGUGUUUUGGGCCCAAUAAUGGUAAUUGCCUUGAAUGUGAACUUCCGUAUUUCUUGAAUGAAUAGACUUGUGGGAAUACCUGCCCUCAGUUUUAUGAUUUAACAGAUCACGUAUGCAAAGAUGCAUGCCCUGUUCAUUUAGUAAUCUAAGGAAUCAAUUGUUAAAAUACCUGUAAUUCUGGAUAUUUAGUGUAUAAUUAAGUUUGCGUAAAUGCUUGUCCAAAUUUUGCAUAUCAAGUAGGUGAUCGCUGUUAUGAUUGUAAUUUAUUUUGUAGCACUUGCUUUGGACCAACAGCUAAUGAAUGUUAUUCUUGCAUAGAUAAUUAUUUUUUAGAUUAAAAUAGUUGUAAAUCAACAUGCCCUUAGUUCUCAGAUGUUGAUGAUAAGUUAUGUGUAUCUGAUUGUAGUGGAAAAUAUGAACAUAAAGAUAAAAUGUAAUGUGUUUCAACUUGUCCCACAGAUUACUUGUAUUGCUUAUCAAAAUGCGUUAAAACUUUAGAUGAUGGCUAUUAUAAAGAUGGUAAUCAUUGUUAAUAAUGUGAUCCUAAAUGUAUAAAAUGCACAUCAGCAACAGUUUGUUAAGCUUGUGCUAAUAAUUUUUAUCUAGAAGUAAAUUCUUGUGUGAAUUUUUGCUCUAAUUAGUAUUUGUUCAUGGAUCCCAUCUCAAGAUCAUGUAAUCAUUUGGUAAAAGAUUCUGUGUUUCAGAGUGCCCCUAUAAACUUUAUGAUCAAUGUGUUUUAGCUUGCCCAAGUGGAAUUGUUCCCAAAAAGAUACCGUUUGUACUAAUUGUCCAUAAAUUUUGUAAUGAAUGCGAAUCGGCUACAAAAUGCUCAGUAUGUUAAUUAUGGUUACUAUUCAGAAAAUGAUCAAUGCUAACUAAGUUGCACAACUGGAAAGACUGAUAGAAAGAAUAUUAAAUGUGUUGAUGAAUGUGACCCUACUUUAUUUGAAUACUAAAAUGAGUGUUUAGAAAAUUGUCCUACUGAUCCAAUAGUCUAUAAGAAUAAAUAAAUCUGUGCUCUUAGUUGUCCAAUAUCCACAUAUUAAGAUGCAUAGGAGUGUCUAGAUUGUGAUUCAUCAUGUACAUCAUGUAUUGGCCCUUCAUAUUAAGAUUGCAUCACUUGUUCAAAUGGAUAUUAUCUAGAUAAUCAAAUUUGCACUUAAACAUGCUCAAAUUUAUAUGAUGAAGUUAAUAAAUAAUGUGUACUUACUUGUCCUACUAAUCUCUACUUAGAUCUUGAUAAAUGUGUUGCUAUUUGUAGUACUUUUGAGUACAAUAGCAUAUGUGUUAAUACCUGUCCACCAUUAACUUACUUUUUGAAUAAAAAAUGCCAUGAUUGUUCAGAAAACUGUUAGGAAUGUAAUUCUUUUGGAUGUACCAAAUGUUCUGUUGGCACCUAUUUAGAUGAUGGAUUGUGUAAUAAUUAUUGCCCAUAUUAUUACAAUGAUGUUAAUAAUGAAUGUGCUUAAUUAUGUCCUAAAGAUACAUAUCUUUAUAUUGACCAUUGUUAUUCUCAAUGUCCAUUGAGUACUUUUUAGUAUAAGAAAGAUUGUCUUUUAGCUUGUCCAUCUUUAACAGUCUUAUAGAAUACUUAAUGUGUAUAAUGUCCUGAAAGAUGUUUGACUUGUAAGACUGAAUAUGAAUGCUCUAAAUGUAAAAGUCCAUACUUUUUAUUUAAUGGCUCUUGUGUUGUGCAUUGUCCAUUAUAAUUACCAUUUGAAGAUAUUACGAAUGGCUAGUGUGUAUCUGCUUGUCCACCAGAAGCUUAUGAGAGAGGAUAUGAGUGUAUAAAAGAAUGUAAUUUAAUCAUAUACUAAAAAUAAUGUCUUUAAGCAUGUCCUACUGGAUAUUAUGGUAAUGAUUAUUGUAAGCCAUGUCGAUUAGAAUGUAAAGAAUGUUCAACCUUUGAGGUUUGCACUGAAUGUAAUGAUAACUUUUUCCUUGAAUACAAUUAAUGUGAUACAUAAUGUACAAAAAUUAAGGAUUUAAAAUCCAAAUCAUGUGUUGAUACAUGUAACUCAUUACUAUAUAAAAAUGUUUGUUAUCAAACUUGUCCUUAAAAACACUUACGAAAAUACGAAUGA